AUGGGUUUAGGAAGUGAAAUCGCUAACGCCUUUGGCAAGAACAAGAACAACAAUAACGACGAUUCUUAUGGAUCUGGUAACAACAAUGAUUCUUACGGAUCUGGUAACAACAAUGACUCCUAUGGAUCUGGUAACAACAAUGAUUCCUAUGGAUCUGGCAACAGCAACAGUGAUUCUUAUGGAUCUGGUAACAGCAACAGUGAUUCUUAUGGAUCUGGUAACAACAACGAUUCUUACGGAUCUGGUAACAACGAUUCUUCCUUUGGUGGUAACCAAGGUGGCCGUGGUGGUAACGACUCUUACGGCUCUGGUAACAAUGACUCCUCCUUCGGUGGUAACCAAGGUGGUAACGAUUCUUACGGUUCUGGCCGUGGAGGCAAUGACUCUUCUUUCGGAGGUAGCAACAACGACUCCUACGGCUCCGGUAACAACGACUCUUCCUUCGGUGGUAACCAAGGUGGUAACGACUCUUACGGAUCUGGCCGUGGCGGUAACGACUCUUCUUUCGGAGGAAACAACAACGACUCUUACGGCUCUGGCAACAACGAUUCUUCGUUCGGUGAUAACAACCGUGGUGGCCGUGGUGGUGACUCUUACGGUAGCAACAACAACGACAACAACUACUAA